UGGUGUUUGAGCUUACAGCCCCCAUUACAACCACGUUUAUAGUAGAAAGAAGAUAGAUGACUGCUACCUAAGCUUCUUUUUGGGGGUCUAAGGCGACUCCUACUAGGAAGAUAUCUCCAUCUGAAUUAUUGACCUCGGAUACAGUCACGUCUUUGAACCUUUAUACCGGAACAAAGGGUUACUUUUCUGGGUUCCUGGCUUCUUGCUGCUAUGUCUUGUGGCUAAACAUAAGGAUCUGUGAGGACAAACUAAAGAAGACCACUGAAUUUUUUACAUAAAGUUUAUUUAAUCAACAAUUCCAAUAGAAUUUCUCCGCCCUAAUGACUGAAUUAUCAGCAUCACUAACUCAGCUGCAGCAGGGACAGGUCCCGGAAGACUUUGCUGACAGCCACGCUGCAAACAUGAAUGACAACAGUGAUCGCAGAAACACUGAACGUUCCGAAUCCCAGAGCAAUGGACAGACGCAGAGCAGCUCGCAGCAAGUGCUGGAACAAGACGAGGAAGAAGACGAGGAGCUUACACUGAGAUAUGGUGCCAAGCAUGUAAUUAUGCUUUUUGUGCCAGUAACACUUUGUAUGGUGGUCGUGGUAGCAACAAUAAAGUCGGUCAGCUUUUACACGAGAAAAGAUGGACAGCUUAUCUAUACCCCAUUCACAGAAGAUACAGAAACAGUUGGACAAAGAGCCCUGAACUCCAUCCUGAACGCUGCAAUAAUGAUCAGUGUUAUUAUUGUGAUGACCAUCCUGCUAGUGGUUCUCUACAAGUAUCGGUGUUAUAAGGUCAUUCAUGGCUGGCUCAUCAUUUCCUCCUUAUUGCUCCUGUUUUUCUUCUCUUUCAUCUACUUAGGAGAAGUGUUUAAGACGUAUAACGUUGCCAUGGAUUACAUCACUCUUGCCCUGAUGAUCUGGAAUUUUGGAGUGGUGGGAAUGAUCUGCAUUCAUUGGAAAGGACCCCUCCUCUUACAACAAGCCUAUCUCAUUAUGAUCAGUGCUUUGAUGGCUUUGGUGUUCAUCAAAUACCUUCCUGAAUGGACAGCCUGGCUUAUUCUUGCAGUUAUAUCAGUUUAUGAUCUUGUUGCGGUUUUGUGUCCAAAGGGACCCCUUCGUAUGCUUGUGGAGACCGCUCAGGAGAGAAAUGAAACCCUCUUCCCAGCCUUAAUCUAUUCUUCUACAAUGAUCUGGCUAGUAAAGAUGGCAGAUGGAGAUCCAGGAUUUUCACAGAGUGGAUCAAAGAAGACUUCAUUAAACCCACAAGUUCCAGUAGAGGCAGGUGGUGGUGCAGCUACUUCGGAUGACAAUGGAGGGUUUGAUGCUGAGUGGGAUGAACAAAUGGAUUCCAGGGUUGGCCCAAUUGGCUCUACUGCUGAAUCCCGAGCGGCUGUGCAAGCUUUACCCAGUAAUGCACCUCCAAGUGAAGACCCUGAAGAACGGGGUGUGAAACUUGGGCUUGGAGACUUCAUAUUUUACAGUGUCCUUGUAGGAAAAGCUUCAGCCACAGCCAGUGGAGAUUGGAAUACGACCCUGGCUUGUUUUGUUGCCAUAUUGAUUGGCCUGUGCCUUACUCUUCUACUUCUUGCCAUCUUCAAGAAGGCAUUGCCUGCACUUCCCAUCUCCAUCACAUUUGGACUUGUAUUCUAUUUUGCUACAGACAACUUAGUGCGGCCUUUUAUGGAUCAGUUGGCAUCGCAUCAAUUUUAUAUUUAACCUCGGGACAACUUUUUUUUUUUUUUCUGUAUUGGACUUUUGUUUCCGUCAACGUGACUGUUCAUGGUUACAUACAAGAAAAGCUCAUUGCUUUUCAGAUUGUUUCUUUUCCCAAAUCGAAAGGUUUGAGUAUUUUACUCCCUUAGUGCUGAGGAAGAAUCAAACCUGUGUACUGUUUGUAUGAUUGUUUUUUGGACAGUUUCCAGUCAUCAAACCAAGAGCUAUGAUGGUCGAAGGUUUACAAAAUGAUGACAUUCCUUUACCAGCAAAAAAAAAAGUCUAUUUACGUGACACAAGAUCCUUUCGCAUGUGCUGUUCCAAAAGUGGAAAACUUCUUCAACCUCAAGAUAAGAGAAGACCUUAGGAUGGUAAAAUGGUGUGAAUAUUAUCGAGGAUGUUUAAUUUUUUAUUUCCACACCGAAGUACAAAAUGCCAAGCAGAGAGGGCAUUUGUGGCCAGAAUUCCAAAAAAGUGAGCAGUGCAAAUACUUAUAAUGGAAGCAAUACUCUCUAGAACAAAUGUGAUCUUCCUAUAAUAUAACACUAUUGGGAAAAUGCCAAUACUAUAAAGAAAACCCGUCUCAACUUUUUUUUUUUUUUUUUUUCAUGAAAUAACAAUAUAAAAAAAAAAUUCUGGGAGUAAAUGCUAUACAGUCGGCGCUGACAUUAAACACUUGUAGAAAUUUUGUUCUAUUUUACUUUCCUACAAGGGAGAUGUCAUAUUACAGCACAGCAGGGGAAAAAAUAAUAAUAAAGUAUGCUUUUGUUUCUUUUGUAUUCUAUAAUUAUUGUAGUGUUUUUAAUAUUUUUUUAUUUUUUAUUGUACUGUUCAUUGAAGCAUUGUCACUACUGAAAUCUUUGAUAGAGGAUUUGUUACACAGAAAGCUGAAAGCUAUGACUGCAUCAGGGAGAUGGGGGAUUGUAAAUGUUGACCGGAUCUCGGAUCAUCCCUUCCUGUCGCAGAUGUCUUCUGGGGGAGCGGUUUGUUUUGUAGACUCACAAUGGUGAUACUCUACUUAUUUCACUCUAAAGUCUCCCAAAACUAUACUGUUUAUCAUGUUUUUUGUUUUUUUUUAAUUAAAAUUAAGUUGUCUACUUUAAGAAAUGUCACACUGGAGAAUAUUAAUGGCAGCCAUUAAAUAUUAUUUUACAAAGGGAAAAUGUUAUAAAAAAAUAUCAUUUUGAUCUGUUUCCAUGAGAUUAUACCUAUUAAGAUGAAAUCACUGUUUAAACCACCACUGUAUGUGUAGAGCAGGUGCUUUAAUGAUACUUGUUGCCCCUUUUACCUAUUAGACCUAAUUAGAGAUGAGCGAAUUUA